GCGCGCGCACAAAACCACCCCAUCGGGUUCCACACCCCCGACGAAAACGUGUUUAUCGAUCCGGUAACCUCACAAACUGGCGACCGGCUGACAUUAAACCGAAAGACGAGACGCACGUGCGAAGACGAGAUAAAUGAGCGCGUGCAAUUACGAAGUGCAACAAAAACGAUCUCAAUCGAGUGCGCUCGCUCGUGUAAUUAAUACCAGAUACCGUAAUUAAGCCGAUACCUUAUCGCCGUUUCGCAGACACAUUUACGAGAGGCCGAAUGAACACUCCGAGGAAAACCCGCUUCGUGAUGGCAGAAAAAACUAACAACCUAUACAGCGCCCGACUCCGUAAUGUGCGUAGGAGACUUUUUCAAGACGAUGGUGACAACGACGAGCAACAGAAGCAUAAGGACAUUGAAAACCGUUUUUCGGAAGAGAGGCGAAUACAAUUGGAACAGAGCAUGGAGAAGUGGAACUUCGACUUCGUGCGCGGAGAACCACGACCCGGUCGCUACGAAUGGGUAAAACUCGACGAACAAGGAAAUGAAAUUUCUGAAUCCAAGGAGACAAAUGGGAGAAUAAGUGCGGAGGAAGCAUCAGAAAACAACGUGGAACAAAUCGAUGGAUGAAACGAUCGAAGCGGCAAAAGAAUCAAAUUGUGAUAUUAUUUAUUGAUAGAAAAUAAGCAAGAUUUAACAUCAUAUUUUUUCGAGCAUGAAAAGACUACGUAAAUUUUUAAUUGUAUAAUACGUAAAUAAUUUUUCAUGAAUAAUGAAAACUAUAUUUAUAAAUUCUUUUUAAAAGUUUAGAACGAUUUUUUUUAUAUGAGUAGGAAGAGUAAUAAGUGCAAAGUCUUAUAAGCAAAAGUAUUUAUUAUUUAAUUAUAUUUAAAAUGGCAAUUUGUAAAUUGGACUUUAUAAAUUGGCGGUUUAUUUUAAUUGAUCAACUCUUAAGUUUCUAGUCAAAAGAGGCAUGAUGUCAAACAUGUCUCCAAGAAACCAAAGCUAAAUUUUUAAUUUUAUUUAACUUAUUGACAAAUCAGAAAACACACACACAAACAACCUGAAUCAUGCAUUUGGUGUCUAAUUAAUUUUAUCUAUAUUAGUUUCACAACAUGACAUUAUUCAUUUUAAUAUUCAUGGAAACAAAUGUGCAAUACACGUUAUUAUACUCAAUCGAUAUUUUUAGUACUUCGGAGUACACAAUAAUCGGGCAGCUUAGGAGAAAGAAAUUUGUAUAAAAAUAUACAUAACAUGAAAUUAUAUGAAAUUAUAAAAUAA